AUAAUAAAGUCUGUCUGUGGUUUUGGUUUAAGGUUAUGCAUUUUUGAAGAGCCGGUCCGGUAGUACUUUAUCUGUGUAAUUGUUAUUUGAUUUGGUACCAAUUUCAUUUUUGAAAAUGUCAAGCCUUAGUUCUGUUGUCGUAAAAUUCUAUGAUGAGUACACAGCUCACACUCCCAAAAAGCUCAAAAUUAUUGAUGCCUAUUUGUUCUAUGUUUUAUUGACGGGUGCUGUCCAAUUUCUAUACUGCUGUCUUGUUGGCACUUUUCCUUUCAAUUCAUUUUUGAGUGGAUUUAUUUCUUGUGUGAGCAGCUUUGUGUUAGCAGUGUGUUUGAGACUUCAAGUUAAUCCGCAGAACAAGAGCCAGUUCUAUGGCAUCAGUCCGGAGCGAGGUUUUGCAGACUUCAUCUUCGCUCACAUAAUCUUGCAUCUUGUCGUCAUCAACUUCAUUGGUUGAUGAGCUGGAUACAGAAAAAACCAGUCUUGGAGCAUGGGAAAACUUCCAUUGGUCACACAAGCAUUUAAUGACAAUUGUAUUUCUUCAUGUUUUGAUACAUAAUGUUGGGUGUAAUUUGUAUACAGUUUAUUUUAACAUAAAAAAUUGUCUCAUGGUGCACCGAAAUUAACUAUGUAAUACCGAGUAGGUCUCAAAGUGGUUUUAAUUUUGUUGCGCCAGGAUUAUAAGUUAUGUAACUAUUUCUAAAAUAUUAAUAAAUAAAGACUGUAACUAA